AUGGAAACCGAUCGACAGUGCGCACUCCGACUCCAGUCCGGCAGAUGAUUUCAACCUGUUCGGGUCGUCGGCGCGUUGACAGGUGUACGUCGGGCGAGCUUCUCCUACCGGUCGUUGUUGCCAGCCGCGUUUGUCUAGCGUAUCUUUUCGUCUAUUCGCGAAGAAACAUCGGCAAAGAUCUCUCUCGAGGUCGCGACAUACCGAAGAAAGGAUAACGAAGGAAGGAUACCGAAGAAGUGACCUGGAGAGGAAGAGAGAAGCUUCGUCAGAAGUACAACAGGAAGUUUGGGCCGAGAGUGUCGUCGAGGGGGUCGCGUUGGCGGGGCCGAGCCGGGAUUUAUGGAACUACCCUAUGGAUAGUAACAUGUCAGCUGCCGCCUUCAUGCACAGGUCGGGUGGCUCCUCCAGCGCGUCAAGUGCCGGCACGGGAUCAUCGACCGGCGGAGGUCCUGGGAACCCGGCAGGAGGCGGCAGGAUGGCCGUCAUCGGCGUUACCAGAAACGUGCGUCUGAGACGUCGCGGCAACGCCGGUUUCGGAUUCUCAUUACGCGGCGGACGCGAAUACGCCGCCGGUUUCUACGUCAGCGACGUUCAACCGGGCGGCGAGGCUCACAGAAAUGGACUGAGGGUGGGCGAUCAAAUUUUGAGGGUGAACGGUUAUCCCGUCGAGGACGCCGUGCAUCAGGAGGUCGCGCUGCUGGCGAAGAAUCAGCAAGUGCUGGUGCUCAAAAUUCGAAGUGUGGGGAUGAUACCCGUGAAGGACAACCCGAACGAUCCGGUUACCUGGCACAUGGUGCAGCAGCAACAGCAGCAGCUACAAUACAACGAAACUGGUUUAGGCGGCGUGCCGAGCACAGAAGUCAGAAUUCGCAUCCUCGUUGGCGAGAAGGGCCGUCUCGGCUGCGGCGUUUGCAGAGGAAUCGUACCCGGUCUUACCGUUCAGGGCACGAGGGAAGGCGGGCCCGCGCGAGCGGCGGGUUUAAAGGCCGGCGACGUUAUAAUCUGGUGCAACGGCCAGCGGCUCACCGAUCUGCCGUUCGAGCGGGCGAUCGAGGUGAUGCGCAGCUCGGCGAUUCUCGACCUGGUCGUGCAACGGCCCACGCCCCCCAAUCACCUUUACGACUGUCCCGAGCCGCUGUGGACGCGCGGCUCCAGCGGCUACGACUCCGAGACCUCGAGCGUGGUGACGGCGAGCCCGCCGCCCCAGCAUCAGAACAACUCGUCGUCAUCGUCGCCACAGCAUCAGCACCACGAUUGCAGGACGCAUCAGCGAUAUCCGCGCGACGACGCCUGCAACAACAGAAACGGCAGAAUAUGCUGUCCCCUCGCUUUGUCAACCAGCAGCUGCAGCUCGUCCUCGGAGUGGUCGCACGUGGACCAGGCGGAUUGGUCGCGAAAACCAAAUAACACGACCGUGAUUCGUGUUAAUCAGAGCUCGAACCAGAAUCAUCGGCCCGCGCCGGGCGAGCAGUAUCACUACAACUUGCGCGGCAAUUAUGAAGACGACAUCGACAACGAGCCGCUUUACGACCCGGUGGCGCCCAGAAUCGACUACGAGGUUCACGAUUUCGACGCGAAUCCGCGAGACGAGGCGAAUCGCCGACUGGCUUAUCGACGCGAUAACGCGUCGAGGCAGCUGGACGUGAUUUACGACGGACCCGCGGACGACUUGCCCAUGUACCACGGCCCCAAAGAGAACGGUCAGCCGGUCGAUAAUCGAUUGGCGGAGCUGCAGCUUAUGCAGAGGCAGAGCGAGGCCGAGAGGAAAACGAUAACAACUGUGGAGGUGCAUCAAUCAGUUUGUCCACCUGCGCCUCCGCCGCCGCUUCCUUACAAAUGGCCAGCAGAAACGAAACCCAUGAACGCCAUGGGCAUGCAAAUGGGCAGCACCAUGUCGAUGGGCAGCACCGGUUCGACGGAGACCGAGUCGAGUCUCGAGUCGUCCUGCGGCAAAGAUUCCGCCUCGACAUCGUCGUCCCUGUCGACGUCGUCGUCUUGCGAACCGGCGUCCACCGUGUCUUACGGAUCGGCGACCGGCGGUUCCGGCAGCGUCGCCAGCAAAACGACCACCGAGACUUCGACGACCGCGUACGCGACGCCGCGCAAGGACAUCGCCAGGACGUCACCGAUCGCCAGCACCGAUCUGAGCACCGCCAUUACGCAAGAGUUGCAGAGGCGGGCGCAGCAGAGAAUGAACAACGCCGCUAAAGCAGAAGCGCUGAAGGAAAAACCUACGGAUAACCGCAAGCCGCAGAAUCCUGAAGCUCUAAGAUCGCAGGAACAAAAAGUCACACACGACAAGCUGAUGGAAGAGUUUAAACGCGCUCACCAAAAGAUGUUCAAUUCCGCGCAGCAGAAGACGCAGACUUCGGAACAGAUUCUCGAAAAAGAACAAGUAAAGAGAACGAUCAACGAGACCUCGGCAGCGGCGACGACGGGUCCUCCGGUGGCACCGCCGGCUCCUCCCCCGCUUCCGCUUACUUCGAAACACCGAGGUAGCGACGACUCGGUGGAGAUGCAGAGCAUCGAGUCGUUCAAGUUGAAAGAGACGCCGAGCACGGUGCCGAAGCCACCGCCAACGUACUUCCCGGUGACGAGCUCGUCGAACGGAAGUCCUCGUCACGUCGGUGGCAAAGUCGCCAGCGGCAAGGACGCCGCGACCAGUCCGGUCGCCGAACUCGUCAGGACCUCUCCCUCGUCGCCGACCAACAGCGCUCAAUCGUCGACGAGAUCCCCGUCCGGGGGCAAGAUAGCCGUGAGAAUCGGGGCGUACGAGGGCGAAGCUAAGCAACCGUCCCGGUUGGAGUUCUUGCCGCAGCAGUCGGGUCGUGAGAAAAACGGCGUCGCCGACGAGACGGCGAACGGACCGGUUGUGUCCAGGCUGCAGAACGAGCUCGCCGCGACGCUACAGAGAUCGAAUCUUCGAAGAAAGACUGAAGGGGACAAUUUGUCGCCUGCGAAGACAAUUUCGGAAAACGCGGCGACGUCCAACAACGAUACAACGAAUUCCGAGCCGAGCAGGCAGUGCCAGAGCAACGUAGAGAAGCUCGCAUCCGCCAUCGGCAACAAAGUAACCAUCAAAGUGAAUCCGGAGAACAGCGGUCGAUAAGAGAAACGAGUGUUAACGCGCUUUAUUAUAUAUUAAACGCCGUUAAAAAAGUGCGACAUUUUAUUCGAAAGAAAUAUACAUACACACAUAGGAACGAUCCUUUUGUACCUUCGUACAUUUUGUACAUUUUUGCACAUUUUUGCAUCCGAAACGGUUUUUUACCAACCAAUUUUUCCAACCGUUUUUCGAUCUUCUACCGUAUGAAAAAAAAAAAAAGCGCUCUCCCUUAUUGGUGAGGUUCUUUUCGACACGUGUUUUUAUAUAAUCUUAUUUAUUAUAUCGUAUACAUAUAUAUAUAUUAUAUAUAUAUUGUAAUCGAAGAGAGAGAGAGAAGCUGAGUUUUCUUAUUAACCGAGACGAGGUUUUACGACCAGUAUUUACCACGUAGUCUUUGAAUGUAAUUUACUGCGUCUCCAUGUACGAAUCAUCAUAACAAAAAAAAAAACAAAUUCGACGAGACGUUGAAUUUUUAA